AUGUCAUCCAACAACUCUUCGGAUAUACCACGGAUAAUGGUCUUUAGACCGACAUGGGAAGAAUUUAAAGAUUUUCCCAAAUAUGUCGCCUACAUGGAAUCUCAAGGUGCACACAAAGCCGGUUUGGCCAAAGUAGUACCACCACCUGAAUGGGUACCACGAAAACAGGGUUACGACGAUUUAGAUGCAUUAAAAAUUACAAUACCGGCACCCAUUUGCCAGGUGGUAACCGGUAAACAGGGUCUAUAUCAACAGAUAAAUAUACAAAAGAAACCACUGACGGUGAAACAAUUUCGCGAUUUGGCCAAUACAGAACGCUAUUGUCCGCCCAAACAUUUCGAUUAUGAAGAUUUGGAAAGAAAGUACUGGAAAAAUAUAACAUAUGUGGCACCGAUAUAUGGGGCAGAUGUUAGUGGGAGUAUAACAGAUCCAGAUCAAGAUAGUUGGAACAUAAAUCGCUUGGGCACCAUACUCGACUAUGUCAACGAAGAUUAUGGCAUACAAAUCGAUGGUGUUAACACGGCCUAUUUAUAUUUUGGCAUGUGGAAGACCACAUUUGCCUGGCACACUGAAGAUAUGGAUUUAUAUUCCAUUAAUUAUUUGCACUUUGGUGCCCCAAAAACCUGGUAUGCCGUACCACCCGAAUACGGAAGGAAAUUGGAAAAGGUCGCCAAUCAAUAUUUCCCAGCCAGUUAUAAAAAUUGUAAUGCCUAUUUGAGGCAUAAAAUGACACUGAUAAGUCCACAGAUUUUAAAACAGCAUGAUGUACCGGUUAAUAAGAUAACCCAAGAGAAGGGUGAAAUAAUGAUAACAUUUCCAUUUGGCUAUCAUGCUGGGUUUAAUCAUGGCUUCAAUUGUGCCGAAUCAACAAAUUUUGCCAUGGAACGAUGGAUUGAAUAUGGCAAAAGGGCCGUACAGUGUACCUGCAGCAAUGAUAUGGUGAAAAUAUCCAUGGACACCUUUGUCAAACGUUUCCAGCCGGAACGUUAUCAGGCCUGGCUGGAGGGCACCGAUUAUGGUCUACAUCCCGAGGAUCCACCCAAUGCCAUUGUGCCGGCACCUCCGCCCAGCCAAUUGGAUGUAAUGUGCAAUAAAAAAAUGAAAAAACAAUGCAACCCCACAAAACAGAAAUCGUUUAAGGAACGCAAUCCCGAUUUGGACUUGGAUGAGAUACAACAGAAUCCAAAUAUCCCCGAUGAUAUCAAAGCAGUGCUGAAGGAAAGUGUUUUGACCCUGGACGAUGAGGAAGAAGAACCGGCCAUUGUGGGUGAUGAAACGGCUGCAGCUGAGCCUGAACCGGUCGAUAUUAGUUUACAAAGUCCAGCCCAGUUUAAAACAAAAAAGGAAUUAUUAGCUUAUAUAGAUGAUGACGAAGACAACGACGAAGAGGAACGUAAUUUUCAAAAACGUAAAAAUAAACGUAAAACUGAUGCUGAAUAUGAUGAUGAUUGGCUGGCCUCGAAGCGGCGUUCGGCAACAUCACGUAACAGCAAUAAGGGACGCAGUCCCCGUGGCAAAGAUAAAGCGAAAGAGGAUCGUUCCAUAUCACCAGCCUCCUCAACAUCAUCCUCAAAUACCGGCGGCACGAGUGUAAAAGCUGGCGGCGGCGGUGGGGGUGGUCGCUGUCGAACAAAUUCCAAAAAUGAAAAGACCCCUAGCAAAUCGCCACGUAAAACUCCGGUCAAACGUAAACGUAAUGAGGAUAAAUCUGGAGCAGCAGCAUCCUCCUCAACAUCGACAAGUCCAAUUAAUUUCAAUGCCAGCUUUAAUGGGGGAUGUUUGAAAAACGAAGCAACAUCAUGUGGUAAUGGUAUUGCCGGCAGCGGCAGCGGAGGAGGAGUAGAACUCUUUCGAAACGUUAUUACAGAAAAAUCACAAACGACAAUAACAUCUAACGACCAUCCUUCAUUACAAUUUAUGCAACAGCAACGUAAAUUCGAAGGGAAAAUACCAAAACUCAGUCAGCAGCAGCAGGCGCCAAAAUUAGCAGCAACACCAAUGACCGCAAUCGAGACACCUGUAACAUCUUCUAUAUCCAAUAACAACGCCAACAACAUCAUUUAUAGCAGCAGUACAAACACUGCUCCUCCUCCUCCCACUACAGCGGAAUCAACAACAACAAUAAAUUCUAGUCAAAAAGAAGUUGUUGACAACAACAACACACCAUCAUCAACUUCUCCUCCAAUCACAGCAACAACAAUUGUUUACAGCACCAACAUGUUACCCGCUGUUACCACACUCAAUGGCAUUCCAUCCCAUCAUCAGCCACAAUAUAUCACCAUGCAAGCACCCACAACAGUGACUCUAAGUCCAACAACCACACAUACCACAACUAGUCCUAUGGCGGUGACGACCACCAGUACAGAUGGUGCUGUCUAUCAAUAUAAAUCGGAAAUUAUAUGUGAUAGUCAAACGUAUCAACAGCAGCAACAGCAUCAGCAACAUCACACUACUACCUCGCAUGAGGUAAAUCAACAAGACAAUGUGGUCACCACUAUUAGUUCAUCUCCCCUGCUGCUUACAACGGCCGCCCCAACAACCACCACAACAGCAACGUGCAUUUCAUCAUCAUCUGCGUCCACGGCCACGUCCACACCACCACCGCAACAAACUGCUGCAACCAUAACCAGUAACAUCAAUGAAUUGCCAGGGUCGGAGGCACAUGCACCACAAUAUCAUUACAUUACCACCACUGCCCCAGGACCGGGUUCCAACGGCUCGGCCACACCCACCACCACCAUUGUCUAUGAACCCUAUGAGGCGGAGGCGGCCAGCUCGGAGCAUCAACAACAACACCAACAGCACCAGGAAGUUAUUGUUAAAUAUGAAGAUCAAAGUUUAGAUGAUGAUAGCUUUGAGGAAUUCCAAAGUAUUUCCUCACCACAAAAGGAUCAACAAAAUGGUGGUGGUGUUACCUAUCAAACCAUCACCCACCAUGACAAGGAAAACAAUCAAAUUAUUACCGAGACCAUUGUUAUACCAGCCUCCGGAAAUAAUAACAACAACAAUAAUAAUAACAAUAACAACAACAAUAAUACCAACAAUCCUGUGGUCCUAUCCACCAGUAAACAAAAACGUAAACGUAAAACCCGUUCCGUUUGUGCCGAUGAACAGGGUGAAUACUUGGAGAAAAUGUCCGUACGCGGCCUGGACAUACAGCGGUAUGAGCAUAUCAUCGAUGGCGUCUCCUAUUGUUUGGUCUGUGCCAAAAAUGAUGUCUAUAAAACCUUCAAAAAUAAAUACAGUUUUCAACGGCAUGCCUAUCUAUUCCACGAAGGUGAUAAUCGUAAGAUUUUCGCCUGUCCCAUAUGCAAUAAGGAAUUUUCGCGACCCGAUAAAAUGAAAAUGCAUAAAAAAGAUAAACAUGGGGAUAUGGCGGUGCCGGAUACACCCAAUGGUACACCGAUUAAAAAUAAUUCCGCUGAUACACCACCACCGGCGAAAAGGGCCAGAAAUAGCACAGCCAAGACACCAAGGGCUCGCAAGCCACGCAAUAGUUUGGCCAAUACCAUUGAUAUGGCGGUGCCGAGCAAAGAUGAUGCUGUGAAAAAGCGGUUGGCUCAAAUCGACAGCGUCUUGGAUGAGGUACAAAAUGCCGAUUCGAAUCAUUCGAAUGGUGGCAGCGGUGGCGGCGGUAUACACAUACAAGAAAACACGAUUAUACAGCCGGCUCAACAACAGCAGAGUAGUAACAACAGCACCACUCAUCAGACGCAGCAGCAAUUACCUCCCUUGGAAUUUAGUGGCAUGAUUUUGCCGGGUGGAGCCCAAUUGGCCUUAGCCAAUCCUGGAGCCACCUCCAGCCUAAUGCAACCCCAGGCCCAGAGAGUGAUUAGUACACAACCUGCUGCUGUCGCUGCACCACAACAUCAUUCCCCCGGUACUGCCACCCUCAUCUAUUCCAAUCAAAUUGAUUUGCAACAGGCUCUACUGCAACAACAGCUGCAUGGCCAAAGUAUUAUGAUACAAGAUCAGGCAGGAAAUUUGGUGCCCUUGCAAUCGCUGCAAACCCUCGAUGGAGGACAGACAAUUUACACCACAGCAGCGCCAGCACCAGGUCAACCCCAAGCUAGACAACAGAUCAUACAGACCCAACCCAAUCAAACUCUUCACAGCAGCAAUAACUCGUCGAGUCAACAGCAAACAACCUCGUCGGCGGGUCAACAGCAACAACAAACACAUUAUGAAUUGGAAAAUGUUAGCUAUCUGUCGUCCACGCCUGCUGCCCACACACCCACAACGGCUACAACAUUACCUGAACAGCAUGUCAUUGGUACGGUACAAAGUUAUCAGAUCUUGACGCCCGAUGGUCUGCAAAGCUAUCAGGCGGCCACAAAAUUGGAACACAAUGAAUUGGAAUUGAGUCCCUAUACAAUGGCCACCACCACACCCCACUACACCUUCAGUAGCCACCUGACAUCCAGUGCUGAUCCAUCGUUACACCCGCAACAUCAAAACACACACCAUCAGACAAUACAUCAUCAACCGGCCACAACGCAACAACAUCAACAACAACAGCAGCAACAUCAUCACCAGCCACACCACCAGACACAAUUGCAGCAACAACAACAACAUCAUACGACAACACAUCACCACCACCAUCACACCACCACCCUACCCUCAUUGGCGGCGCCACAUCAUCAUCAAUUUAUGGAAUUGAAAAAUGAUUUGCUGAUAAAGAGUGCCGAUGCCUAUUCGCUGGAUGCGGCCACCUCAAUGUAUCAUCUACCCUUCUCACCCACGUCCAUGAUCAAUGCUGUGAGUGAUGUCAAUUCAUCCUCACUAUUGGAAACCAAAGAAAUUAGUUACGAUAUCAACGAAGCCGUGCUGUUAGCCCUCUAA